AACACAAUUCAACUAACACAUUUUUGAAGAUAUAAAAGUUUAUAGAAUCUAGAUUUUACUUCUACCUCCUCUCUCUCAAUUACUGGAACUCCACUCCUCAAUAUCUCCCUCAUUCCAUACAACACCAAAAAUCUUCACAUCUCCACCCACUAUGGCUCCUCCCAAAACUCUCAAUUUCAUCACCGGCAACAAAAACAAACUUAUCGAAGUGAAAGCCAUCUUGGGUGAUACGAUUGAUCUCCAAAGUCAAUCUCUAGAUCUCGUUGAGAUCCAAGGGACCAUUGAAGAGAUCUCCAGCGAUAAAUGUCGAAGAGCGGCUGAAAUUGUAUUUCUUCACAAUACUAUUUUUUGAGAGGGUGUUUAGUUGUACUGACAUCAUUUGCAGAUCAAGGGUCCGGUUUUGGUUGAGGAUACAUGUUUAUGUUUUAAUGCAUUGAAAGAAUUGCCCGGUCCAUAUAUGUAAGGGUUUCAUCCAAUUUUAGUGGAAGUGGAGAGAUCACUCAUAUCAUGCAGCAAAUGGUUCAUGGAGGCAGCAGGUCACGAUGGACUGAAUAAUAUGCUUGCUGGCUUUUCAGAUAAGACUGCGCAGGCAGUUUGUACAUUUGCCUAUUCUGAAGGUCCAGGCCACGAACCUAUUAUCUUUCAAGGACGAACAGACGUAUGUGCUUGCCCGUAUUCCUGUUUGCCAAUGGAUGGCUCUAACAUUUCUUAGGGCAAGAUUGUACCCCCAAGGGGUCCAACUGCAUUUGGUAUGUUGCACUGUACGGCACUAAGUAGACUCCUUUACUGAUAUCUUGAUGUAUAGGCUGGGAUCCCAUAUUCGAGUAUGAAGGCCAAACGUAAGAACUCUUCCAAUCCCCAUUUUGUCCCCAUUCCACCAUAUACAGAAGUUUUAACCCUAACCUUUUAGAUACGCCGAGAUGGACAAAGCUGAGAAAAACAAAAUUUCUCAUCGUUUCCGAGCACUCGAGAAGUUGAAGGUUUGGCUGCAGGAAGAAGCAUAGGGUCCAACAAACAAAGGACAAGGACAAAGAAAGGAGUGAGCAGACAGUACUCGUUGAUGUUCAGAGUCAAGUUGAACAUCUAAAUAGCAAUGUUCUUCCAUCUUGCAAAUCAUUCC